AUGAUUGCAUAAAACCUAGGCAUGCUCUUUAGUUAAAUAGAAUUAUUUUACAUUUAAAAAGCAGAAGCGCCACUGGAUUUGGAUUAAACACUUGAUAUUAUGGAAGUAGGUAGAAAAAAAGAUUUAAAUUAAUUGUCAAAAAUUUAUUUAUCAUUUAUGAAAUCUUAUCUAGCAGUGAAUGAUAAGAUGCUUAUUGCAAUUAAUCAUAAAGCAAUAAUUCAAAGUGAAAUUUAUAUUCCAAAAAUGAUAGAAGAUUUAAAAUUAAUAAUGGAAAUAAUUCAAAAUUAUGAAGAUAGAUAAGAUUAAUAUCCAUCAUAAUUAGCACUAGUUUUAAACUGGAUAUUAGCAACCUUAAUAUUAAUAAUAAUUUAAUGCAAAAAUAAUUGUUAUAGAAGUAAUAAAUUUCAAAUAUUUAAGCAAUUGAAACUCUCUUACUAAAAUUAAUCAAAUUUUCUCUAAAAAUUAUAUAUAUUCCUCUUAAAAAAGUAAUGAUUAUAUUUUUGGUCUUAUUAUAACUGGAACUAAAUGAAGAAUUACCUUCGGAUGGUUAAUAUUGGUUGAAAAUGUCUGAAUAUUAAAAAGCAAUAAAACAAGCUUCUAAAUUCUUUAUGAAAAAUGCCUCAAAUACUGAAUAAUUUUAUGUAAUAAUAAUAAUAUUUUAGAGAAGAUUAAUAUUAAGUUAGGAGGAAAAUUAAAUGGGAUAGAUUAUCGUUGUUGGAUUACUUAGAGGUUUAGUAAAAACAGCAGGAUCUGUCUCUAAUAAUUAACAAGGAGUUGAUAUUCAUAGAGAGUGGGAAGAAUAUUGUAAAGAAACUAUUAUUUAAUUUAGAUCUAAAUGAUAGUAAAUUAGCUAGUGCAGAUUAUGCAAAAUAUAAAGAAUAAUCAAAUUAAUAAUAAGAUUUAAGAAAUUAAAAAAAUGAAGUCAUAGAUGAAUUUGAUAGACAUAGAAUCGUUUUGAAUUAUGUAAUUACUGAAUUUCUGUUGCUUUUUUUAAAAAAAUUAAGAAAUAACUGUAAGGUGUAAUGCUCUUAUUUAAUAUAAUUAAUAACAGAUGCUAAUGGAGUUUUAGUAUUUUUAAAAUUUUUUGAAAAAUUUAAUCCUCAAACUAUUUCCUAAACUAAAAUUGAUUAUGAUCAACUAAACACCUAAUAGAUAUUAGAAUAAUGUGUCAGUAAUUUAGUAAAAUUAAUUUAUAUUACUUGUAAUAACUUUUCAGAUAAAAUAAAUAAUUAUUUGAUUGAUUAUAAAGAAUAUGUAAUUUUAUUCUUAAAUUUUAGCUAGCAAUUAAAAAGUUUCCUGGAAUGUUUCCAGAAAACAAAAAAAUUAAAAAAUAUAGUCAUUUGUUAUUAAAGAUUUAGAUUUUAAAUUUUAAUAAGAAAAACUUAAAACUUGGAAAUACUAUGAAAUUAAUAUCAGAAGUUUAUUGUAAAUAUAAAUAGAAUUCUAAAAAUGAAAAUAAAAAUAUAUCAAAACAAGAUUAAUUACUAGAUUCUCUCUAUAAAUUUGAAAAGUGUUAAGAUAAAAUUUAUAAUUGUGAUAUUAUAUAAUCUUAAGAGGUAUUUAUUAUAUACAUUGGAAUAGGAACUAAGAAAAUUACAUUUUGAUUAUAAUAAUCAUCAUUAUAACAAUACAAUAGAUUCUAUUCCAGCUUAUCAUGAUGUUGAACCUAAUUAUAAAUAAAAUGAUUAUCUGGAGAAGUUAUAAAAUCAACCUAUUGAUCAUGAUUUUAUUUCUAAAUAUGAAGAAUGGUUAGAAGAGAAUGUAUGGGAAUAUUAUGAUUGA